GAAUGUUAAAGAGUUUCAGAAUUCCGAAGUAAACUUUCCGAGCGAGUUCGGCGGUUGCGCGCGUGAGUCUGCGGGCCGUCAUGGUUUCUCCUCGGACUUGUAUUAACAAGCUUGGCUCGACGCUUCCGUUGCUGUUGGUGCUCUGGGAUCUCCACUAUGAGGGAGUACAAUGUGGCAUAAAUGCAGAAGUAGAAAAGCAGCUUGAAUUGGGAAAAAAGCUGCUGGCAGCUGGGCAGCUGGCAGAUGCUUUGUCGCAUUUCCAUGCUGCCAUAGAAGGAGAUGCUGAUAACUACCUUGCUUAUUACAGAAGAGCCACAGUAUAUCUAGCCAUGGGCAAAUCAAAAGCUGCCAUUCAUGAUUUAAGCAGGGUAGUUGAAUUAAAGCAGGAUUUCACAUCAGCACGACUACAAAGAGGCCAUCUGCUGCUUAAGCAGGGGAAGUUGAAUGAAGCUGUAGAAGAUUUUGAAGGCGUGCUCCUGUCUAACCCCAGUGAUAAAGAAGAAGGCGAAGCCCGCGCUCAGUUGUUGAAGUCGGAUGAGGCUUGGCGCCUGCGUUCCCAAGCACAGUCUGCCUUUCUUGAGAACGAUUACUACACUGCUAUCAAUCUCUUGGAUAAAAUUCUAGAAGUUUGCGUUUGGGAUGCGGAUAUGCGGGAACUUCGAGCUGAAAGCUACAUUAAGGAAGGGGAGCCUGGGAAGGCUAUCAGUGACUUAAAGGCUGCUGCCAAAUUGAAGAGCGAUAAUACCGAAGCUUUUUAUAAAAUCAGCACAAUAUACUAUGAACUAGGGGACCAUGAAAUGUCUCUAAGUGAAGUGCGGGAAUGUCUGAAAUUGGACCAAGACCAUAAGGAGUGCUUUUCUCACUACAAGCGAGUAAAGAAGCUCAAUAAGCAGAUUGUUUCAGCAGAAGACCUCAUCCAGGAAAGAAGGUAUCAGGAAGCCACUGAGAAGUAUGAGGCAGUUAUGAAGAUGGAGACAAAUAUUCCUGUUUACACUACUCGAGCCAAAGAGAGAAUCUGUCAUUGCCUUUCAAAGAAUCAACAGUCGACAGAAGCCAUUAAAGUUUGCACUGAAGUUCUGCAGCUAGAGCCAGAAAAUGUGAAUGCCCUCAAAGAUCGGGCGGAAGCAUACUUGCUAGAAGAAAUGUAUGAAGAAGCUAUCCAGGACUAUGAAACUGCUAAAAAACACAGUGAUAAUGACCAACAGAUUCUGGAAAGUCUUGAGAAAGCCCAGCGGAUGCUCAAGCAAUCUCAAAAGAGGGACUACUAUAAAAUUUUAGGAGUUAAAAGGAAUGCCAGAAAACAGGAAAUCAUAAAAGCCUACAGGAAACUGGCAAUGCAGUGGCAUCCAGAUAAUUUUCAGGAUGAAGAAGAGAAGAAGAAAGCAGAGAAAAAAUUUAUUGAUAUUGCAGCUGCCAAAGAAGUCCUCACAGAUCCAGAAAUGCGGAGGAAGUUUGAUGCAGGAGAAGACCCACUGGAUGCUGAGAGUCAGCAAGGUGGAGGGCAUCCUUUUCACCGAUCCUGGAAUUCCUGGCAAGGAUUCGACCCCUUCAGUUCUGGAGGACCUUUCCAGUUUAAAUUCCAUUUCAAUUAGAACUGCUAUAUUCUUUUCAUUUUUUUUCCUUUUGCAUAUGGCAAUCUGCAUUUUUUCUAGAUAACUUAAAAUUACGGUCUAGUCUUUGAACAUUAAUGAGAGCCAGUUUUUUGGUGAUAGUUCAAAAGGGAUAGCAAAUCCAGCCAUAUCAAUAAUACCAAUCUGUUUGAUAGUUUGGGGCAUCAAAGCUCCACCUCAAGACAAACCCAUGUUUGAAAAGAAACUGACUCAAGAAAGCACUUUAAAAGUUUACUAAACCAUUUGAAAUAACUUGAAAUAACAAAACAAAAUUUACUCCAUCUUUAGUUACCACAAGAGGAAAUGCUGAAGCCUCAACUGACUGUUGGAAGUAUUACACAUCUGCAGUAUAUGAUCGUUUAGAUCGUCCAGACGUUGGUCACUGCAGCCAGCUUGUAGACAGUUUAAGUUGUUCUAAUCAAUGUUACAAGGACAAUUUUCUCUGAUUAAAAUCUCUCCUUCUGGUUGCUUCUAAAGAAUUAAAUAGAAUUAAAUUUUUAGCAGGUGGUAGAGAACCAUUUUCCACUGAAAAUUUGCUUGACAUUUGAGCAGGACUGAGAUAUUGCCCAUAAUAAGUAGGACUUUGUUCUGCUCUUGAAGAUUUUUUUUAAAGGGUGGUAGAUGACUAUGUUGAUCAUCUUCACAACUAUUAUAUGCAUGUCUGUGGUUGCAUAGACUAAUAACUCACGGAGCCGAUUGAAAGUAUUUUCCUGCAACUGAAAUCUGAUAUUAUGAAUGGUAUUCAGAAUGGAGCCUGGAGUCAUCUUGGGAUGUAAUAUUGAACUUGCCUUUCUUUCACAUCCAUUUUUUCCCCCAAGAACGCUGUUUUGAACACUUAACAAAAUGAUACUCAUCUUUCCCCUUGCUUACUCUCAUUAAUAACAUAUGUACGGCCCAGUCUAUUUCAGCGCAAGCCUCAAACAUCUGAAAAAUAAGAGUGGUUGAAUCUCCCUAGCUUUUGUGUGUAACAUUCCAUUCUUUAGGAAUGAUUUGGAAAUGAUUUGGAUUCAUUUCAAAAUGUGCCACUAUAUGGACGCUUGUUGAGUGAGCAUUCAGACAUAAACCAGGACCCACAAAGUGCUUUUAAUGUUACUCUCCUCAAGAAUGACUCCAGAAAUGCUGGGAAGGAUAGAUGUUAUCUAUUAACAAAUCAUCCUUAUGUUUUGGACAGCUAUAAAGGACCGCAUAAAGUGCCAUUGUUAGAAUGGGGGUUGAGGGAAAGACAGCCCUUCGCUUUCUUGGACCAAAUCCUGUGAGUCCUCAAUUGAACAGGACGUGGUUUGGGCAGCAUUGAGGUUGCCAGAACUGAGAGACGCCAUCAGGCCUGCACAUGGAUUGACCCAAAGGUUCGGCGGUGCUUCUGGGUCAAUUGAAAUAAAACAUUGCCUUGGAAGUGUUGCUCUAAUAAAGCUCUGGGAGGGGUUGAAAGGGGGAAGAUAAAAGUCUAUGAAAACUAUGAUGCUCUUCUGAAGGUAAAGAAAUACUAAAUAGUAUUCAGCAGUAGCACAGAGUUGUUUUAAUUGCUUUAAAUCCUCAGUCAGGAAGUCUUUUGAGGGUUUUAUGGCUGUAUUGGGGGUGGGAGGGAUAGGACAAGUUGAAUUCUGAAGUUAACAAUUGUGUCAAAUCUUAAAUUGUUUCUACUCCAAGUAAUGAAUAGAAAUUGCUUUGUUAUGCUGUUUUUAGUGAUUCUGAGUAGAUUUGGUGGAAAUUAGAAAAAAACGAACUUAUUUCAUUCCUUUUGAAAUUAAAGAAGCAAUUUAAAAGGCA